AUGGAAACCAAGCAGGAGCCGUCUGCCGUGUGGAGUCAGGCUGUGGACAACGACUCAAACAAUUCAACACAGGUGCAUUUUGAAGGCAGCGCCGUGGCCCAGAUCGUGUACAGCGGAGACCAGGCAGAGCGGGCGGAGCAGCAGGUGGUCUACACAGCAGAGGGGAACUCCUACGCCUCUGUGGAGUCCGCAGAGCACACGCUGGUCUACAUUCACCCUGCAGAUGGCGCUCAGACGGUCUUUUCUGAUCAGCCACAAGUAGCGUACAUCCAGCAGGACGGCACCACCCAGCAGGUGACCGUUCUCCUGCCCGGCGGACAGAACGUGAACGCUGCCAAUCUGCAUGUUCUCAGCAAUGUAGCAGAUGCUCCGCAAGCCAUCCUGGAGCCCGUUUCCCAGGAGCAGCUGUCCACCUCCCUCGCAGACAUGGCCGACAUGGCAGAGCCUGCCAGCAGCCCGCUGGGAGCCACGGACUCCACAGACGACUCCGACGAAGUGGAGGACGAAGACUCAGAGAUGGACGACUGGGUGCUGCGACACCCUCAGCUGUUCGACCCUCACACCCUCUGGUGCGAGGAGUGCAACAGCUCCAACCCUUCAGACUGUCCCCUGCAUGGGCCCCUGCAUCCCAUCCCCAACCGGCCCGUCUUAUCCAAAGCCAGGGCCAGUCUGCCUCAGAUCCUCUACAUCGACCGCUUCCUGGGGGGAGUGUUCUCCAAGAGGCGCAUCCCCAAGCGCACCCAGUUCGGCCCUGUGGAGGGGCCCCUGGUUCCACAGAGUGAGCUGCAGGACCACUACUUUCAAUUAAAACUGUGCAUGCUGGACAGCGCGAAGGACGGGGAGAAGACGAGCGACGUGUGGCUGGACCUCUCCGACGAGGACAGCUGCAACUGGAUGAUGUUUGUGAGGCCGGCGCAGAACCACCUGGAGCAGAACCUGGUGGCCUACCAGUACGGCUCCGAAAUCUUCUACAGCACCAUCAAACACAUCCAGCCCAAGCAGGAGCUGAAGGUGUGGUACGCAGCGUCGUACGCCGACUUCGUCAACCAGAAGAUCCACGACGUCACGGACGAGGAGAGGAAAGCUCUGCAGGAGCAGGAGUGGAACUGGCCGUGCUACGAGUGCAACCGGCGCUUCGUGAGCUCGGAGCAGCUGCAGCAGCACCUCAACAUGCACGACGACAAGCUGAGCUCCGUCUCAAGGUCCAGAGGCCGCGGCCGAGGGAGGGGCAGGAAGAGGUUUGGCUCAGGGAGGAGACCGGGGCGGCCCCCGAAAUGCAUCCGUUUACGUCCACCUGGGGGCGCCAACGGGGACAAGAGCGGAGAAACGCUGGAGUUGACGGAGAAGCCGUCGGAGGAACGCGGCGAAGGAGCGCAGAACGGGCUGAAGGAGGCGGACAUGGAGCCUGAGGGGGAGGCCGGGACCGAGGACGAGGGCCCGCCGGACCCCCCCGCCGGGGAGCCGGUCCUGCAGCCCGAGACGCCCGCCGCCAACCCGGACCCGCCUGUCCCGCUGAAGGAGGACCUAACCCAGAGCAGCCAGCCAGAGCCCCACCUCACCUCCCAGGACAUGCACCGCGCCAAGAAAAUCCGGACGGAUGAGCAGAACGCCGCGCUGCAGCACCUCUUCAUCAGGAAGAGCUUCCGCCCUUUCAAGUGCACGCUGUGCGGCAAGGCCUUCCGGGACAAGGACAAGCUGGACCUGCACCUGCGGGUCCACGGCCGCGACGCCUACACCUUCUCCUGCCACGUCUGCACCAAGAGCUUCGUGAGCGACUCGGCGCUGGAGGACCACCUGCUGGCGCACACCGAGAACCGCUCGUACUCGUGCCUGCUGUGCCCGGAGACGUUCGAGAGGCUGGAGCUGCUGAAGGAUCACGUGGAGGUGCAUUCGGUGGACGGCUGCUUCACCUGUCCCACCUGCAAGAAGAGCUUCCCUGACUUCAUCCAGGUGAAGAAGCAUAUCCGCUGCUUCCACUCGGAGAAGAUCUUCCAGUGCCCAGACUGCGAAAAGGCCUUCUGCCGACCGGACAAGCUGCGGCUCCACAUGCUGCGGCACUCCGACCGCAAGGACUUCCUGUGCUCGACCUGCGGCAAACAGUUCAAGAGGAAAGACAAGCUGCGCGAACAUAUGCAACGCAUGCACAACCCGGACCGAGAGGCCAAGAAGUCCGACCGGACCCACCACUCCAAGAUCCACAAAACCAAGGUCCCCGCCACCGACCUCGACAGCUUCGUCUUCAAAUGCCGGCUGUGCAUGAUGGGAUUCCGCCGCAGAGGAAUGCUGGUCAACCACUUGUCCAAACGGCAUCCGGAGAUGCGGAUCGACGACGUGCCAGAGCUGACGCUGCCGAUCAUCAAACCCAACAGGGACUACUUCUGCCAGUAUUGUGACAAGGUGUACAAGAGUGCCAGUAAAAGGAAAGCUCACAUACUGAAGAAUCACCCGGGGGCGGAGUUGCCUCCCAGCAUCCGCAAGCUGCGUCCGGCUGCUCCCGGCGAGCCGGACCCGAUGCUGAGUACCCACACCCAGCUGUCCGGCACCAUUGCCACGGCGCCAGUCUGCUGCCCGCACUGUGCCAAACAGUACAGCAGCAAGACUAAGAUGGUGCAGCACAUCAGGAAAAAGCAUCCGGAGUUCGCCCAGCUGGCCAACACCAUCCAGACGCCUCUGACCACGGCCGUCAUCAGCAGCGCUCCUGCGGUCAUCAGCGCCGACUGUGCCACUGCGGAGGCCGUGGUGACCACCGACCUGCUGACCCAGGCCAUGACGGAGCUUUCUCAGACCCUGACCACAGACUACCGCACCGCGCCGGGCGACUACCAGAGAAUCCAGUACAUCCCGGUGUCGCAGGCGGGGGGCAGCCUGUCGCAGCCGCAGCACAUUCAGCUGCAGGUGGUCCAGGUAGCUGCGGCCUCCUCCCCUCACUCCCAGGCCCAGCCGGUCGACGUGGGCCAGCUGCACGAUCCUCACGGCUACAGCCAGCACUCCAUCCACGUCCAGCACGUCCAGGUGUCCGAGUCCUCGGGCGCCGCGCAGGCCGCCGCGCAGGGAAACAGCCAGCCGCUGAGCCCUGCCUCCCAGCAGCCCAGUCAGGAGCUGAGCCCGGCCCAGCUGACCCCCGUCACCUUAGCGCAGAGUCACACCCUGCAGACCAGCAGCACCCAGCAGCAGGGGGCAGUGCAGCACGCCUACAUCCCUGGAAGCUGGAACUACCGAGGCUACUCAUCUGAGAUCCAGAUGAUGGCGCUACCUCACGCGCAGUAUGUGAUCGCUGAGCCAAGCACACCUGUGUCUGGAGUCAACAGCAACCAGGUGAAAACGGCGCACUUCGUCAUCUCCGAGGGUCAGAGCGAGCUGGAGGCGAAGCAGGCGGCUCCCCAGAGCGCGGCCCAGGCCCAGGCCGAUCAGCUGGAGCAACAGCCUGCCAGCCAGCAGGCCACCACGCAGUACAUCAUCACCACCACCACCAACGGCAGCGGCGCCAGUGAAGUCCACAUCACGAAGCCGUGAACCCCAAUCACGCUGAACCGCAGGGAUGGGAGUCCAGACCGAUCAUGCAUGGACCCACCCUACCCCCGUUCUCUGGACCUUUGCACUCCUAUAAAUGAAGAACCAUGCCGUGGAUCGGUGAGGGUGUGGGUUUGUGUACGCGUAGAGACGAAAGCGCUCCCAGCACAGUUUUAUGUGUCGGAUUGUUAAGGAGCUGCUGCCGGAACUUUUUAUCAGGAAAAUUAAAAUAAGACAUACGAGGUUUCUAUUUAGAAAAGUAUAUAACAAUGAUGGGGGGGGCAAAAAAAAUAAAUAAAAGCCCACUACAUUUAACGACAUGCACUGGAAAAUAAAACUGAAUGGUAGUUUUUGUUUUUUUAAUAAAAAAAAAGAUUUUCAUUAAACUUCUUUUACAGAAGGGAGCCUCGGUUCUAAUGCAGGUUUGAAGUUACAAUCAUGAGUUUAUUUUGUACGUGAUCCGGAAGAUCCAGUUAAAAAUGUUACAAUUACGCCAGCGGAGGUUGUCACAGACCAUCUGUUGGACGUUGCCACACAGUGUUGAUGAUGAUGAUGAUGAUGAUGAUGAUGAUGAUGAUGCGUGAUGUGAAGUUUCUCCCAUCGGUUUCCUCUCCGGGUAAAACCGGACCGACUACAUUCACCAGCUGUGAGGUCAUAAAUCCUGAAUGAGAUAUUUUAAUAUCUGAA